AUGGGCCUUAAUGCUUUCGUGCCGACUUGGAAAACACACGGGCUUGUCAAGUCCAAUUCCCUAGAAAGGCAUCAUACAGGCAAACUCGUUUCAGCGCAACGUCCAACACGCCAACGACAUGUGGUAUCAGCCCCCCUGAUGAAAGCCGCGGAACAGCGGGUUCUUGUGUUAGGUGGCACUGGUCGCGUUGGUACUGAGACUAUCAAGGCUCUCGCACGCAUCACUCCUGUUCCGUUAUCAAUCAGCGUAGCGGGUCGUGACCGCUCAAAAGGCCAUCGAAUCUGUCGCAUGUUGACAACAAGUAACCAAAAUGAACGUACGGAUUUGCCACCAGUAGACUACCACUUCAAAUCAGUUGACAUUACGGAUGAGAGCGCAUUGAUCAAACUUAUCAAAGCACACGAUGUCGUCAUUCACACGGCCGGGCCAUUCCAGAGAAGCAAAAAUCCCACCGGUGUGCUAGAGGCAGCGAUGCAGGCCAAUGUCCCCUACAUGGAUAUUUGCGAUGACCUCAUACACGCUAAAGAAUGCAAAAAGCUUCAUGAAGUUGCUCUUUCAAAAGGAUACACCGCGCUCAUAUCCACGGGUAUCUACCCAGGGUUGAGCAACUUGAUGGCGGUGGAAGCUGCCUCUCUUAUGGGUACUGAACCGGUGAAGUCCCUAAAGAUUUAUUACCAUACGGCAGGAACGGGAGGAAUAGGAGCGACGGUAUUAGCCAGCACUUUUUUGAUCUUGAGCGAACAUGCGACAUGUUUUGAUACGCAUGGUAGGGAGCAAAAACUACCCCCUGCCGGAAACCCGGAGGUGAUAGAUUUCGGUGGAAAACUGGGGAAGGUCACGACCUACUUGUUAAAUUUGCCUGAAGUGGUGUCUUUACACGAGAAUGUGUUUAACGGUAGUCCGGGAACAGAAAUUUUUGCAAAGUUCAGUACAGGUCCCCCCAUAUGGAAUUGGUUGCUGCAGAUGAUGGCUAGAAGGACUCCCAAAUCCUGGCUAGCUAACCGGCCAGCUAUGCUUGCGUUUUCGAAGUUUAGUUUGCCCGUUGUGAGAGCUGUCGAUUUGCUGAGCGGUGCUCUCACGGCGAUGAAGAUUGUGGCUGAGGGCCCAACUUCGAGCAUCAUAUACUCUUUUGAACAUGAUAGUCUGGCCGAGUGCGUCGGAGAAGCAACAGCAUCCUUCGCCGUUGAACUUGUGAAGAAGCGUCUGGAAGGUGGCCAAAAGGGACUUGCACCGGGAAUAAAUUACCCUGAAGAGCUGUCGCCAGAUAUUAGGAAGCAUAUCAUCAAAAACGCGAGCAGGUCUGCGAACUUGUUUGAAAGUACGAGAUACUCGUCGGGAAGGAACUGGGAAUGA